AAGCUGUGCAGAUAUCACCUUCUCACAACAGCUGCUUUUUUUCAUCUGGAGAGGGUAUCCUUCUGCUUGAACAACAUGUCCCAUUCUGUAAAAUCAUCAUCUCAACAUUUUUCAUCCUCUAGCUCCCGGGUUCACGGUGGAGCAGCAGGUGGAGUCAGUCAAAGUGGAGGAGGACAUGGUUCUCAUGGUUUAGGCUAUGGAGGAGGUGCUGGAUUUCAUAGUGGUGGUGGUAAUUAUGGUGGUAAUGAUGUAGGGCAUUGUGGUGGUGCUGGCAUGGGCUUUAGUGGCGCUAGUGGUGCUAGUUUUGGAGUAAACUAUGGAGGUGGAGUGGCAAAUUAUGGAGGUGGAAUGGCUGGCUUUGGAGGAAACUAUGCUGGUGGAGCAGACAGUUUUGGAAGAGGCUUUGGUGAUGGCUUUGGAGGAGGUGACCUCCUCUCUGGAAAUGAUAAACAAACAAUGCAGAAUCUUAAUGACCGUUUGGCUAAUUAUCUGGAUAAAGUCCGCGCCUUGGAAGAGGCAAAUGCUGAGCUUGAACGUAAGAUUAAGGAAUGGUAUGACAAGAAUAAACCAGGCAGUACUGUUGGUGAAGGAGCAAAAGACUACUCACAAUAUUUUAAAACAAUUCAAGAUCUGCAAAAACAGAUUAUUACUGUUAUCAAUGAAAACGCAGGCGUAGUCUUGCAAAUCGACAAUGCCAGGCUCGCUGCUGAUGACUUCAGAAUGAAGUUUGAGAGUGAGCAGGCUCUCCGCCAGAGCGUGGAGGCUGAUACCAAUGGCCUCCACAGAGUCCUGGAUGAAUUGAACAUGUCCAAGUCUGACCUUACAUCUGAGGUUCAAAGUCUCACUGAAGAGAUUACUGUUCUCAAGAAGAACCAUGAAGAUGACAUUAAGGGACAACAAGUAACAACUGUCGGUGAUGUCAAAGUUGAAAUGAACGCUGCACCAGGUAACGAUCUGACAAAGACACUGAAUGACAUGCGGGCACAAUAUGAAGCUUUGGCUGAGAAGAAUCGCAAGGAUGCUGAAGAUCAAUUCAAUAAAAUGAGUAAAGAAUUGAGUGAAAAGAUAACCACUGAUGGAGCACAAGUUCAGACCAAGUCAACUGAGAUAUCUGAGCUAAGGAAAACACUUCAAGCUUUGGAGAUCGAGCUUCAAUCCCUGCUUUCCACGAGAAAAUCACUGGAAGACACAGUGGCAGAGACAGAAGGCCGUUACUGCAUGCAGAUUGCACAACUUCAGGCACAGAUUUCUGCAAUUGAGGAGCAUCUGGAACUAAUUAGAGCAGAUAUAGAGUGCCAGACUAGAGAAUACGAAGAUCUUCUGGAUAUUAAGACCAGGUUGGAAGCAGAGAUUAAGAAAUAUCAAGAACUUUUAGAAGGAGGAGGUGGAAUAGGACAAGGCAGCACAACAUCAACAUCAUCUUCAAGGAUAUCUCAGUCUAGCACAACCAGGGCUACUGGAUCAAGCAGCACUUCUCAGUCUGCUACAAGUACUUACCGAAGGUAAUUAAAGGACGAGAAGAAAGUUUAUGACAUCAUGGAGGAUGGAAAAGUUGUGAGAUCAGAGGUUGUGGGAGAAAAUGACGACUACUGAAGUGAUGAUGUCUGCUCAAGCAAAAUGGAAACCUGCGGGGUUCACUUCCAUUUUUAUUAUUCUCCACUCCUUCCUUUCUCUUUUUUACAUUCUUGAUGCUAAAUUAUGUUUAUAUGAGCAUCUCAAGACAUGUUUGUUCCCAUAAUGCUGCAGUAGCCUUCUUGUGGUCUGUCCAUCAUUAUCGUUACACAUUGGACAUUUUUGCUUUUGCUUUGCAUAGCCUAUAAAAUAAAAAUU